AUGUUUUGCACUUUGAACACUCAUAAAGCUGAUAUGGACAAGCUCUUAGGUGCACAAAUUGGCCUUGAAGAUUUCAUAUUUGCCCAUGUAAAAGGACAACGAAAAGAAGUGGAAAUUCUCAAAACUGAUGAUGUGCUUGGGCUUACCAUUACAGACAAUGGAACUGGCUGUGCAUUUAUAAAGCGAAUCAAAGAAGGUAGCCUUAUGGACCAAAUCAAAACGAUCUGUGCAGGUGAUCACAUAGAGACUAUAAAUGGAAAAAAUGUGUCAGGUUGUCGGCAUUAUGAAGUUGCCAAAAUGCUGAAAGAUCUGGAGAAAGGUCAGAUGUUUAAGCUGGAGUUGAUAGAGCCUAUGAAAGCAUUUGAAAAGCUGGAACCAAGGUCCAAAGGUAGAACUCUGCCAGAGGCUAAAAUUUCCAGAGGGAAAGAAACACUUCGUCUGAGAACCAAAGGCCCAGCUACUGUGGAGGAAAUGCCAACUGAAGUUGAGGAAAAAGCUAUUAAAAAAGUGGAUGAGCUUCUUGAAACAUACAUGGGGAUAAGAGAUAUUGAAUUAGCUGCAACAAUGGUGGAAGCCGGAAGAGACAAGAAAAACCCAGAUGAAUUUGCAGUGGCAUUGGAUGAAACUCUUGGAGACUUUGCAUUUCCAGAUGAAUUUGUCUUUGAUGUAUGGGGAGCAAUAGGUGAUGCUAAGCAAGGACGACUGGAAUAAGAACUGUGCGGUUUAUGAAUCCCUAUUUGAAAAUACAAAAUUAUUUUCAAAUACAUAUAUCAGAAUUUUAAUACUUUUAUUGAUAUGAAUCAGGG